AUGAAGGCAGUUUCAGCACCAGCACUAUUUGUUUUCUUUCUCUUGUGUCUAGCAAUCCCUCUUAUCCUUUUCAUUUCCUUCUCGUUGUCUCUCUCGGUUUCACAACACCACAACUUUCUUCUUUCCACCUACGAAUUCAUCGUGGUGGCAAAAUCGAAUCGUGUGGCCGUGUUCUUCAUGUUUAAUGUCAUCUUUAUCACAAUUGUGUUCGGGAGUUUCAGGCCAUCCAAAGAAGAGUUUGAACGGUAUGAAGUGAAAAAUGAUACAAAAGAAGAAGAAAGAAAGGUUGAAGAUUAUUAUUGUGACUAUAGUAGUGAUUAUGAGGAGGGCAGUGAGUAUUAUGGUUCCGAUGGUUAUGAUGAAGACGAAGAUGAUGAUGGUAGUUAUGAUGACGAUAUUGAUAGUGAAGACUUUUUUGGUGAAGAAAAAGAUAGUGACUUAGAGAGGAGAACCGAGGAUUUCAUAGCCAAAGUCACAACGAAAUGGAGAGAGGAGUUGCGUUAUGAUAUGUUCAUGGCUUCAAUAGAGUCACAAUCAUCCGUCUCUGGCUAG